AUGAGUAAUCAAAAGGAGAGCUCAAACAGCUCACCUUCGGGAUCGGGUUCGCACAAGCUUCAAUUUGACGACCUGAUUCAAAUGCUCAAAAAGAGUUUCAUUGAUGAAACAAAAGAGCUGCGUGAUGAAGUGAUGGAAUGGAAAGUGAAGUGUAAAGAGCUGGAAAAGCAAAACAGCAUUCUGGACUACCGAGUUAAGGGAUCAAAUAACAAAAUCGUGGAAUUGGAAAAGAAAAUUGAAGAACUGGAAGAGCAGAAAAACUCGUCUCUCAGAAAGUACUACGACUUGAAGAAAGAGUAUGAGGAUCUCACACAAUUUAAAGCAUCCAUAACGAAUAUGGUGAGUCCAACAAAAGAAAAGCCAAAAGCACCAAUUGUAACUGGUUCAUCCUCUUAUGCUUCGUCGAUAUCAAGCAUUGCAACAAAUCUGUCCAACAAAUUCUCCUCUCCAGAAAUAAGGAAAACCUCAACAGCCAUGAUCGGAUCGACAGAGUUUUCAAGUUUAAGCAGCGACAGUAUUUUAGAAACCCCACAUCAACAAAAAGAGUAUGUUCCUGUCUUAACAACAUCUCAACAGAGAAGUAGAUAUGGAUCGGAUUCUCCAAUUGUCAUCCAUUCAAAUUCUUAUCAGCGAGAUCAACCUUACCGAAGUAGAAGCGCGACGCUGUCCACUCAAAGAAAGAGGUCUUCCAUCCUAAAAGAUUCGUCAUCAUUGUCGAAAGAAAAGAAUGUGAAAUUCUCCCCCAAUACUAAGGGAAGUGAUGACAGCAAUCAAAAUAAUUCUUCGUUUGUGGCACCACCAACUCCUCACUCGUCGUUUGGAGUGCAGUACUCAAAAAGAGGACACUCAAUGAAAUCUUCUGAAUCCACAGAUGUUUCAAGAAGUAACAAUGAACGCAUCAUCUCUACUCCUUCUCGAAGAGUAUAUUCCGAAAAAGCUGAAACAAAUUUGGACACUUCGUCAAGACGACAAACUUCUAUUGAUCUGGACAACCUCAAUGACGAAACUGCUGACGGUGGCGCUCAAGAAUUAUAUUUGAAAGUCAAAAAAGCGCUCACACCAGAAGAAUUUAAAGCAUUCAGCACAAACAUUAGAAAGUUAAACAUGGGAGAACAAUCCAUUACCACAACACUAGUGAAUCUAAGAGAGGUGAUUGGAGAGGAUCGACAGAAUUUAUACUCACAACUAAAGCGAGCCAUCUCCUCAGGAGAAAUGUAA